UAUAAAGUAUCCAACAGCAGGCAGAGAUUAAUUGAGCUGAUAUGGGAGGCAUCAUAUACCCUAAUAUAGUCUACUGAAAUAUAUUUGUUUUUCUUCUCUUUAUUUCGCGUACUUGACAACAUUCAAUGCAAACUUCACACAAUUAUGUUCCAGUUCAGUAAUAUCGAACACCAUACCGACACUUCUAGUGGUGCCCGCAAUACCGAAGUGGCUCUUUGUCGCGACAAAAAGUACAAUAGAACAAACACUGAGAAGAGGAAACCCAUUAUUGGUAAGUCCGUUACCAAUGAUAGCAUGUCCAAAGCAGCUGCUUCUCGUCUGUUCAAACUUCCUUAGUCAAU